AUGUGUCCCAAGUCGACUGCACUCCUACUUGCGGCAACUCUCCUGGCAUGUAGUGCAGCUACAGCCACCAAGUUGACGUUUGUUGACCUCGCGGCCUCCGAAGCAGUGGACAAUGACGACGACGAGAGGGGCGUCCUUGACGCGGUCGCGGGUCUGAUCAAGGCGGGCGCGCCCAAGGUUAUCGACACCACCAAGUUGCACACGUGA